AAGAGACAGAGCUGCUUGCUAAUGUUGCUAACUAACACGGAAGCAGUACAGCGUGUUCACUAUUAACAUUGAAUCUGCUAAAGAAGGCACCUUUACUUGUUUACAAGGUGCCCUCAUUCUGUGUCAGCAGUUCAGCUCACUCCACCACCAUGUCGGAUGGCCGGAUCUAUGUUGGGAAUCUUCCUGUGGAUGUCCAGGAGAGAGACAUUGAGGAUCUCUUCUACAAAUAUGGAAAAAUCCGUGACAUUGAAUUGAAGAACAAUAGAGGCACUAUCCCUUUUGCCUUCGUCCGUUUUGAAGAUCCACGGGAUGCAGAUGAUGCCGUCUAUGGAAGGAAUGGAUAUGGAUAUGGAGACUCCAAGCUGCGUGUGGAGUAUCCUCGAUCCUCUGGUUCUAAAUUUGGUCCUAUGGGGGGCGGCGGUGGUGGAGGAGGAGGACCUAGGGGAAGAUUUGGACCCCCAACUCGAAGAUCUGAUUUCCGGGUCAUAGUGUCUGGGUUACCGCCAACUGGGAGCUGGCAGGAUCUUAAGGAUCAUAUGCGCGAGGCAGGAGAUGUCUGUUUUGCAGAUGUGCAGCGUGACGGAGAGGGCGUGGUGGAAUUUCUCCGUAGAGAGGACAUGGAGUACGCAUUGCGUAGACUGGAUCGGACCGAGUUCCGUUCACAUCAAGGCGAGACUGCUUACAUUCGUGUCUAUGAAGAGAGGGGCACUCCCAACUGGAAUCGGUCGCGUUCCCGCUCCAGAUCCAGGGGUCGCUAUUCACCUCCCUACCAUAACAGAGGAUCUCCCCCUCCUCGCUACCAAUCGCCUCCACGCCAUGCCAUGUCGCGCCAUAGUCCACCCCCAAGGAGGCACCCUCCACAGCACCAUAGCCCACCGCCGCGUCAUUACCGGUAGAAAGGAUCGCCAUUCACAGAGGUAUUGGGGAAAAUGUUUUGUAAUUCUACUUUUUAUUUUUGUUUUAUUUUUUAACCCCAGGCCUCCUCAUAGGAAACAUCAUUAUUUCUUGCAACAUACAUUCCAUAGUCAUGAUCACCCGAACACCCUGCUCCUCCCCACAGCCUUAAGGAUGUUUUUUCUUUGUUCUGUAAACACCCAUAUGUGUUAUCUGGAAUCCGAAUUUUCUUUUUCAGCAAAGUAAUUGUAUUUGACAUAUUGGAGGUUUCUUUUAUAAAGAAAUCCUGGGUUGUGAUGUCAAACCUUGACAGAAAUUACAUUUAUUGUCAAAAACAAAUAACACAAUUCUGCAGCCACCAGACUUAAAGUCCUACUGCUUCUGAAAUUCUUGACAAGAUUUUUUUUUCUGUGUGUCGCAUUUCUGUAGCUUUAAGUAUGAAGUAUUUGCCAAUCUGAGAACCUGUGAAUCUGAUCAGUAUCCUACUCUGAUUCGAAACAUGUAAAAUUUGUGAGCCUUUUUAGAGUAGUGACACGUUUACUGUGAGCCUCACCUGUCGGAUUAUUUUUUAAUGUGUGAACCUCUGACCGAGUUGGCCUGUAGGUGGGCUAUAAUUUGUAUGCAUCUCUAAUGUUUUGUUUUUUUUCUUUACCAAUAAAAUGAAAACUUUUA